AUGGCUGCCCGGGAGGUUUCUCCAGAUGCGAGGGGCGGCGACGAGCCUGUCGGGAAAUACACUCUCUCACCCGGCGAUGAGACCCCCUCUACCCAGGUGCCCGAAUGGACCGAGGAGGAGGAGAGGCGACUUGUUGCAAGAGGAAACGCGUUGACCGACUUUUUCCUCGGCGACGUCGGCAUCACCCAGAACCAGUUCAACGUCGGUCAACAGCUACUGUCUGCUGGUAUCGUCGUGCUAGAAGUGAGUGCAUGUACCGACACGGACGAGGCGGCGAACAUGUACGCUGAUCAGCUGGGGGAGAAGAUUCCGAGCAACUAUGUCCUUUAUCGUAUCGGUCCAUCGGUAUGGAUCAGCGGCCAGAUAAUCGCCUGGGGGCUCGUCGCCAUCUUCCAAGCCUGGCAGAAGGGGUUGGGGGCAUUCCUCUCAACGCGACUCCUUCUAGGGUUAUGCGAGUCCGGUUUCAUCCCCGCCGGCCUAUUCACAAUCACACGGUACUAUAAACGAAGCGAGACGAGUAAACGGUUCUCCAUCUUCUUCCUGGGAAACAUGCUCGCUCAGGCUACAAGCGGGCUGAUCGCGUAUGGGGUACUCCAUAUGCGCGGAGUCGGGGGUCUGGCUGGUUGGCAGUGGCUAUUCGUCAGAGCUUCAAGAUGUUGCUUCGCAGCUGACGGACCAUUCCGGCACGUCAAGAUCGAGGGCCUCUUCACAAUCUUAGUCGGGAUCGUCUUCACCCUCUUCUUCCCGAAGAGCACCGCUGACCCGCGGUGUCUUGUCGGUAUCUCUUAUUUUGACGAACGAGAGAGCCGCAUACUUACCCAGAGAAUUACCCUUGACGAUGCCUCCAAGGCUGAGAGCAGGCGCAGCAUCUCCUGGGCAGAGAUGAGAGGGGCACGGACUCGCCCCGUCAUCUACAAUGGGGUCGUACGCGCCGUCACUUGUCAGCUCGUUUGGAUACGAGAGACUCCGGUCGAACGCGUUGGUCUCGAUUGGACAGUGGAUACAACUCGUCCUGAACAUCGUCUGGGGAGUCGCCGCGUGAGUGGUUCCGCACAUGGUGCGACGCUGGUGAUAUCCAGAGACGCUGCUGACUAUGCUGUCAGUGACAAACUCGGCCGGCGAGGGCCACUGGUGUCAUUCGCGAUGCUGCUCUGGUGGAUAUUUGCUUUGGUCAACCGGUUGCUGAUCUACUCAGACGACGACGGAAAACGAUUUGCCGUGCUGGUACUCGCCAUCUCAUUCUCUUCCAUCUGGCAUCCCGUCAACGGCUCAUGGAUGGCUCUGAAUGCGCGUUCGUCCGGGGAAAGAUCCAUCACUCUAGCGAUGUUUAUCAUGUCGGCAAACUGCUCCGGUAUCAUUGGAAGCCAGCUCUUCCAAGAGGCAGACGGACCUCUGUACAGGAUCGGCUGGAGCGCCAUUGUCGGCCUGGUCUCGCUGUCUCUCUUCCUCUCCUUGUGGGCAAACCUGCAGUACUGGGUGCUCAAUUGGCGUCUUGCGAGGAACGGCAAGUUGACAGAGGUCACUCGCUAUCGCUACUAG